AAAAAAAUGGAUGGUAUCAUGUUCUUCCUCCGUCUUGUCGUUGAGAUACAUACAUGGAGGAGCACUCCAACAUGUCCAAUGCAGUAAUGUAUUAUGACGCAUUUUCGUGCGUCCACGUGGAAGCAGGCACUUGUGCCCCGAGAAUCUCAACUUCGGAGGUUGUUGGUCAAGAUAAAACAGUAAGCCCAUUUAAGCUUAAGAUUUCAGAUAUAGAUGGUGUAGAUAUCAAAGUUCAUUCAUUGUAAAAUUUCCUGUCUUAUUUCUCUGCUAAACAAGUUAACAGGAUGGAGCAUAACUCCGUCAAAGCUUCCCUACCCACAUGGAAACCCUACCAGAGCACGAUGGCGUGACCAGCUCGAACCUCCGGUGCACCUGCCACUAACCCGUCAUACUAGAACAAUUGCC